AAGCAAGUAUCUUGAGAAGCUAAAUAUCCGUACGCCUUAGAAGAGAACGUCGUCUUAUAGACGGAAGAAAGACCAGCAUAAAAACAAAUUCAUACCCCUUUGAAAUAAAUUACGGAGUGAACAUCCUAACAACACUAUUGAGAUGUCAACCUCUCAAGAAUUCUAUACAGGCUUCCAAACUUCAUGCUCGGCAAUCAUCUCUCGUCUGGACGAAGUGGAGGCCCAGACCCAAUUUUCUCAGGAACUCAUAGCCCAAAUCGCUCAAUCCACCCAAGCCGAGCGCAAGAAGCUCAACGAGGCAACCGGGUUCCUCCCAUCGUACGAUCGGCGUUCUUAUGAGUCCCAAAUACAAGAACUCGAAACACGUAUCUCCGCGUUAAGGAGUAAAUCUACAACCUCUCAGCGCAAGUUCGCGUUCAAGAAAUCAUCGAGUACAAAUGUCGCUCCUCCUCCACGUCCGUCUCCCGGAAGUACAAGUACGCAAUCGACUCAGCCACCCGCGAUGGUGACUCCUCCGACAUCAAAUUCAAACCUCCAAAUCAGCUCCGCGUCCUUCCAAACCUUCUCCGCAGCUUCCCUCUUGCGCCAGUUCCCAUCAUCGAGGAGCAGCGACCUUACAAUCUCGUCACUUGAUCACUGCAUCGUCGACCUACUCCCUCCGGCGCCAGAUCCUUCUUCUUCUAAUGUUGUACACGAUCCAGAGAGUAAAGGGAAUGCAGACAAGACAGGAAAUCCUAAUGCCCAAAACCUUUUAGAGAAAGGAAACGAUUCGAAUCUCAACCUCACAGCAGUCCACAUUCGCGACAUCAAGAACAGCAUCCUCAUCCUAGGACACAUCCAAGGCUCUAUCCUCGUUCACAACCUUGAACGGUGCAUCCUUGUCGCUGCUUGCCAUCAGCUUCGUACACAUACUUCCCACACUUCCCACAUCUACCUACACGUCACUUCAAACGGCAUAAUCGAAGACUGUUCCUCCCUCGUAUUCUCCCCGUACCCUUCUACUCUACCUCUCCCACCCGACGUUCGAGCGCAUGAGAGUAAACACCAAACCAUCCAAGACUUCAGCCACCUCAAAUCCACACCUUCACCAAACUGGUCCGCAAGCCCAGAAGCCCAAAACAACGAAGACUUAUGGCUCACAAUCCGCGCUUUCACAAAGCAGAGAGAGAAGGAAGAAUUGACCGCAGAGGUGGUGAAAGCCCGCCUUCUGGAGAUGCUCGAGGCCGUUCUUCCGCGAGACCAAGACCAGAAGGUUCACCCUUCGAUACCGUUAGAUGAAGAAAGCAUUAUUUAG